AUGGUCUUUACAGGGAAAAAGGGGCAGCGAGACUUGCGAAGUAUACCUUUCUAUAAAGCUUUGAUGAGAUUGGAAGAUAAGAAUCAGACAGCAGUGACUGAAUUUCUUUUCUUGGGCCUCACAGAUCAUCUCCCUCAGCAGAUUGUCCUCUUUGUCAUGCUUCUCCUUGUCUAUCUUGUCACAUUAGGGGGAAACUGGGGGAUGAUCACUCUCAUAUGGAUUGAUCCCAGACUCCACACUCUUAUGUACUUUUUCCUUAACCGCUUGUCCUUUGUGGAUGUUUGUUCCUCCUCUUCCAUUGCCUCCAAGAUGCUUCAUGAUACUUUUGCAGAGAAAAAAGACAUCUCCUAUGGUUGUGCUGCACAAAUGUGGUUCUUUGAUCUCUUUGUGGCAACUGAAUGUUUCCUUCUGGCUUCCAUGGCAUAUGACCAGUAUAUGGCCAUCUGUAAGCCCUUGUUGUAUACACUCAUUAUGUCCCAGCGGGUCUGUGUGCACCUGGUGGUAGGAUCUUAUGCCACAGCUCUGAUAAGCACAAUGACUCAAACAAUUCUCACUUUUUGCUUACCUUUCUGUGGUCCAAAUCUUAUCAGUCACUUUUUCUGUGACAUUUCACCACUGCUUUCCCUCGCAUGUGCAGACACCUGGAUCAAUAAGUUAGUGCUUUUCCUCUUGACUGGAGCUAUAGGAGUACUCAGUGGCCUGAUCAUCAUGGUCUCCUAUCUUUGCAUCAUGGUGGCCGUCUUGAAGAUUCAGACAGCUGAUGGAAGGAGGAGAGCUUUCUCCACUUGUUCUUCUCACCUGGCAACUGUGUCCAUCCUAUAUGGGAUUCUUUCCUUUACCUAUGUUCGGCCUGGCUGAGGUUCCUCCCUAGAUGUCAAUAAAGUAAUAUUUCUGUUUUAUACUGUGAUAAUCCCAAUGUUGAACCCCCUCAUCUACAGCUUGAAGAACAAGGAAGUAAAAGAUGCAUUCAGGAGGAAGUUUGAGAGGAAAAAUUUUCCAAAAGUCUGGUACCAGCUGUCUUAG